AUGCGGCGGCCCGGCUUCCUCGCGCUGCACGGCGCGUACAUUGUCGUGAUGGGCCUGUUGUCGCUGCCGGUGCUGUACCCGCUCGGCAACCUGGCCGCCGUGGACGCCUACUUUAUGGGCUGCAGCGCGUCGACCGAGUCUGGGCUCAACACGGUCGACCUCGGGCCGCUCGCGUUGUAUCAGCAGCUGUACCUCUACUUUGUGCCGAUGCUGACGAGCCCCUGCUUCGUCAACAUUGUUGUCGUGCUGCUGCGGCUCCGCUGGUUCGACAGACGCAUAGACGAGGUAGAGGGCUGCGAUGGCGAGCAGGGGCUUGCGGCUCCCGUUGCUGAGACGGUCGAGCCCAAGGUGCAGGCCGAGCUCCUCUGUUGUGACAUGGGGCGAGAUCGGUCGCAGCAGCGCAGGCUCACGGGCACACAACGACAAGACAUGGGCGGAGACGAGUAUCGCGCCCUCAAGCUCCUACUACCCAUCGUCACAGUGUACUUUUUCGGCCUCCACCUGCUCGGUGGCUCUGCGCUCGCGAUAUGGGCGCGCUUCGCAGACGUCAAGUACACGGGGUACCUCGACGAGCUCGGCCUGAACCGCACGUGGUGGGCCUUUUACACCACGCAGUCGCUCAUGGACAACCUCGGCUUCACGCUCACUCCCGACGCUAUGGUGCGCUUCCGCGAUGCCGUCUUCCCGCUGCUGCUGCUCACCGUGCUCGCCCUGGCCGGCGAGACGCUGUACCCGGUGCUCCUCCGCUUCUCCAUCUGGGCUGCGUCCCGCGUGGCUCCUUCACGGCUGCGCGGGCCGCUGCGGUAUCUGCUCGACCACCCGCGGCGCUGCUACACGCUGCUCUUCCCCGGCGGUACCACCUGGGUCAUCCUGACCAUCGCCGCGGCCCUCAAUCUCGGCGUCGCGCUGCUCAUAGUUGUGCUGGACCUCCACUCCGCCGAGGUGGCAGGCCUGGCCCCCGCGAACCGCUUCAUCGCGGCGUUGUUCCAGGCGGCGGCGGCGCGGCACGCGGGGACCACGCCUUAUAACCUGGCCAACGUGAGUCCGGCGACGCAGUUUGCCCUGCUCGUCAUGAUGUACAUUUCCGUGUACCCCGUGGCGGUAGGUGUGCGCGCCGCCGCAGACGCACCGUAUCGGGAGCGCAGCGUCGGGAUAUUCGCCAGCGAGCCCAGGUAUGACGAGAGCCGCGCCGGGGCGUACCUCACCCGCCUCAUGCGGCAGCAGCUGUCCUGCGAUCUGUGGUGGAUCUUUCUCGGCAUCUUUCUGCUGGCCGUGACGGAGGGGAGAAACGUGGCCGACGUGAACGAGCCGGCCAUCAAGAUAUUCCCCAUCUUCUUUGAAGUCGUCUCCGCCUACUGCAACGUCGGCAUCAGCCUCGGCCACCCCAGCGUGUCGAGCUCGCUGAGCACAAAGUUCUCCGUCACGGGCAAGCUCGUCAUCUGCGCCAUGAUGAUCCGCGGCCGGCACCGCGGGAUGCCUUACAGACUCGACCGAGCGGUGGUGCUGUCCGGCGAGCGGGAGCGGGAGGAACCGAAGGUCGAACCGCCCACCGCCCGGCACAUGCCUCUGCUGGGAGCAGCACUGGUGGAGACGAGCCAGAGCGGAAAUCACUGGUGA